UCACUGUACACAUACUCAAGCACCUCACACAAAUACACACUCACACUCUUCCCCAUAAGGCCAAAGCUCUCUCUCUCUCUCUCUCUCUCUCUAAAAAAAAAUGGAACCACAACCACUGCCUCUCACUCUGCUUCUCCACCUCCUCCUCCUCCUCCUCCUCUCCGCCACCGCCCUCUCAGCCAAAGCACCACUCCCCCCAACCCCAUCUCCCACCUCCUCCCCCACCCGACCGAAUUCUACCACCACCCCAAAGUCCCCAACCUUACCAUCCUCACCUUCAGCCAAAGCACCACUCCCCCCGACCCCAUCUCCCACCUCCUCCCCCACCCCACCGAAUUCUACCACCACCCCAAGGUCCCCAACCUUACCAUCCUCACCAUCUUCAAGCACACUUGACCCAAAGCAACUCAGAGCCCUCCAGUCCCUCAACAUUCCCACCUCCAAAGACCCCUGCAGAAACCCAUCCAUCCUCCCCCCAAACACCACCAUCUGCGACUCCUCCAAGCCCUUCCGCCACCUCCUCUCCCUCCGCCUCGCCAACUGCUCCGACGACGUCGCCCUCUCCUUCACCGCCCUCAAAUCCCUCUCCACCCUCCAGUCCCUCCAGUUCCUCAACUGCCCCGUUGCCCCAAUCCGCUUCCCCGCCGACCUCGUUGCCUCCCUCCACUCCUUCACCUGCAUCAACUCCCUCCGCCGCCUCACUGGCGUCUGGCUCGCCCGCCUCCAAAACCUCACCGAUCUCACCGUCUCCAAUGUUCAAGUCAAUGCCUCAGGACCCUUCGUCAUCCUGGGAAGCUUGAAGAAGCUCAGGUCAGUCACCAUCUCCCACGCCAAUUUAACUGGCAGCAUUCCGAAACACAUGAAUUUAAACCUUACCCACAUAGAUUUUUCCGGCAAUAAGCUUCAGGGGAAGAUACCCAGUGGCCUCACACUCCUGGAAAACCUCGAAACCUUAAACCUUUCCUCCAAUUCCAUCAAUGGCUCAAUACCCACUUCGUUCGGGGACCUGAUUUCAUUAAAGAACGUGUCUUUGUCUUCAAAUUCUUUAUCCGGCGCCAUCCCGGAGUCGAUUUCAGCAAUCCCGGGCCUAGUCCAUCUCGAUCUGAGCUCGAAUCAGCUCAACGGAACAAUCCCGAAAUUCCUUUCCGACAUGAAGAGCUUGAAGCACUUGAAUCUCGCAAACAACAAAUUUCACGGUGUCGUGCCGUUCAAUGUAUCGUUCAUUAGCAGAUUGCAAGUGUUCAAGAUUAGCAGGAACAGCGACCUCUGCUACAACCACUCUGUUCUAUCGUCGAAACUGAAGCUGGGAAUUUCUCCCUGCGACAAACAUGGACUGCCCAUGUCGCCGCCACCGGCGAAAGCUGAUUCGUCGGCGGACAACAGCAGCGAUUCGGACUACGACGACACUGACGAGGAUGAUGAGAAGCAGGAUCGACAUCAUGGUCCGAAUAAGGUUGUUCUUGGUGUGGCCAUUGGGCUUUCUUCUAUUGUCUUCCUCAUUAUUUUCUUGGUUCUUCUCUCGAAAUGCUGUCGUUGAAAGUUGAUCAAGCUUGAAAUUGCAUUGUUUUGUUGAUUAAUUUUAGGGAAAGUAAUUUUGCACACCAUUUUUCUCCUCGUCUCUGUCGAUAGGUUUUUUUUAUGAUUUAUUCAAUCCAAAGGCCGGAAAAAUAAUGGUAAGAGUCCCGAGGAGAAAAAAAAAGAGUGCGGAAAACAUUUCCUUUAAUUUCAUUGCUUAAAGUUGAUUAGAUUAGGCUUAAUUGGUUAUUAAGAGAUGAAUUUUGAUGGAUUGCUGUGGAGAGAAAAGAGCAGUGGGGUUUUUUCAUUAUUUUCUGAUAGGUUUUGGCAAGUGGCCACUUGGGUGUAUUAUUAUUCUUUUCAUGUGUUCUCCAAAUAUAUAUAAUAUAAUUAUGUAUUAUUUCCUC